UAUUAAUGUAAUUUAAAUAAAACUAUCAUACGUAAUUAUUUUUUGUCAUACUAAAUUAAGACAUUUAAUUUAAUUCAAGAGUAUUACAUAUGUCUCCGUAUAGACAGUGUGGAUCGUUACAAAAUAUAAUUCAUGCGUAUCUCUUUUUUACAGCAGCGCACUGCUUGCUAUGGGACUAUUUUGGUACAACAACUUACACUCCAGUAAACAUUAAUAUGGUGGACGUGGUUCUGGGGCGAUUUAACUUGGACGAAUUGCGCGGAGAUGGAUUUGCCAAACGGAAAAUCGCGAGCUACGUGAUUCACCCCGAUUAUGCGCUCUAUGUCAAUGCUGGUUCCGAUCUUGCGGUUUUGACCCUCAACAACGUCGUCGAAUUCAAUCCUCUUAUCAGGCCUAUUUGCCUAUGGUCCGACUCAAGUAAACUUGAAGACGUCGUUAGUAGGACGGGAUAUGUCGUAGGAUGGGGUGGAGACGAGGUUGAUCGUGAUGUUGCAGAUCAACGGAUGGUGAGGGCGAAUAUAGUGAGUCACGAGACUUGUCUCUCGGCUGAUGCUGUAUACCUUAGUGUGAUCUCGAAUAACACCUUCUGCGCUGAUUCGCGAGACGGACUGGGUCCUUGCAAUGGUGAUGGUGGGAACGGGCUGAUACUUCUAAACAAUAUUACAGACAGUUAUGAGUUGCGUGGCGUUGUUUCGCGAACUAUAAUCAAACAAAGAUCGUCUUGCGAUCUACGGAAAUACAUCGUCUAUGUUGAUGUGGCCAAAUACCUACCCUGGAUUGAACAACAGAUAUCGAUGUAAAGCUUAUUCGAAGACGCAGUACUUAUGUACAGUUACGCGUAAGGAUUAAACAGUCAUGAAUUCUGUCUGUUGUGUGGCGCAGAGAAAUGUGCGCUGCUUAGUAAACAAAUGAACGCAAAGAUCCAAGUUCAAAUCCAC